UGUUUAUCAACAAAACAAUUCGAAAUACAUAUAGACUCAAUACCCACAUAGAAUACUUUGCUUUAUCUGCCAAAAAACUCAAUUCUAAUUUGAACACAAUCGAUUUUAUGAAGUGCUGACUAAAAAAUUAACCAUGGCCGAUGACGAAGAUAAACCAAAGAAGCACACUCUGGACAGCCUCUUCCUGGUGUACGCCAAUUUUCAGGUGAUACCCACGGAUAUUGAGAACGAGGUUUUCGACAGCAUUCUCCUCUCACAACUGGAUGCCUGGCUGGAGCAGGCCAAACUCAUGCCAAAUCCUAUUACACGAACUCAGACGGGUCUUAUCUAUAUGCGAUAUAAGAAAUGGCGUCUGGAAUACGAAGACUUUUUAGAGGUCCUAAACAGCUUGGCCAUCGACAAUGACAUACCAAUAGAUGAAAUAAAACAGGUAAUGAUCGAUGCUGGAGUCCCCAGUGGAGCCGACAUGGUCAUAGUCGUCAAAUAGAUGUACUCGUGCAUUUCUGCUGUUUAUUUAUUUACAUAAAAAAGAAGGCAUACAACAAAUCAAUUUUCGAUAGUAACAAUUACAUAAAGAUACAUAAUUUUGAUUAGUAAAAUUGUUCACAAAAAUUAUAGUCCAACAAAAAGCCUCUUAUCCCAAUUAAUUGAAUUUGAGUUAGUUUAACACUUAGAAAACACUUAUUUUGAAGUAAGGGGUGCUAGGGAUCUUGAGAUUACUGAUAAAAAGCUAAAAACAAAUUAAAGGGGAACUUCAUGUUUAAA